AAGCGAUUCUCAAUACCAACAAUUCCUACUCUCCUUUGUACACACUCUCUUCUCCCUCCCUCCAUCUCUGCCCUGCUCGCUCGCUCGCUCGCUCGCGAUCUCCGUCUCCAUCUCCAGCUCGAUCGGGACUUCAGGGUUUUGAUCGAUUUUUGUUUCUUUAUUUUGAUCCUUCCUGUCUCCUGCUAACAAUUCGAUCUGCUUUCUUUCCGAUCAAUUCUCUUCCACAAUGCCGUCCGUCUAUGGAGCUCGUUUGACCACUUUUGAAGACUCUGAGAAGGAAAGCGAGUAUGGAUAUGUUCGGAAGGUAUCUGGACCAGUCGUCGUGGCAGAUGGCAUGGGAGGUGCAGCCAUGUAUGAAUUGGUUCGUGUUGGUCAUGAUAAUCUGAUUGGUGAAAUCAUUAGGCUAGAAGGAGAUUCUGCCACUAUUCAGGUUUAUGAGGAAACAGCUGGUUUGAUGGUGAAUGACCCUGUUUUACGUACUCAUAAACCUUUGUCAGUGGAGUUAGGACCUGGAAUACUGGGAAAUAUAUUUGAUGGCAUUCAGAGGCCAUUGAAAACAAUUGCAAAGAGAUCAGGAGAUGUCUACAUUCCUCGUGGUGUCGCUGUCCCGGCACUGGACAAAGACACACCUUGGGAUUUUCAACCCAAAAAACUAGGUGAGGGCGACUUAUUGACAGGUGGAGACUUGUAUGCAACUGUCUUUGAGAAUAGUCUAAUGGAGCACCAUAUUGCACUUCCUCCUGAUGCUAUGGGGAAAAUUACCUAUAUUGCAUCACCUGGCCAAUAUUCAUUGAAGGAUACUGUUUUAGAGCUCGAGUUUCAAGGAGUUAAAAAGCAAUUUACCAUGCUUCAGACUUGGCCUGUGCGUACUCCUAGACCAGUUGCGUCAAAGCUUGCAGCUGAUACCCCUCUUUUGACUGGGCAGCGUGUUCUUGAUGCACUCUUCCCUUCUGUUCUUGGUGGAACAUGUGCCAUUCCUGGAGCAUUUGGUUGUGGAAAAACAGUCAUUAGUCAAGCUCUCUCUAAAUAUUCAAAUUCCGACACCGUGGUGUAUGUUGGUUGUGGAGAGAGAGGAAAUGAAAUGGCUGAAGUUCUCAUGGAUUUUCCUCAAUUGACAAUGACAUUGCCUGAUGGGCGUGAAGAAUCUGUCAUGAAGCGUACCACUCUUGUGGCUAACACUUCCAAUAUGCCGGUGGCUGCUCGUGAAGCUUCAAUUUAUACUGGAAUUACUUUGGCCGAAUACUUCAGAGAUAUGGGAUACAAUGUAAGCAUGAUGGCAGAUUCAACAUCUCGAUGGGCAGAAGCACUUCGGGAAAUAUCUGGACGACUGGCAGAAAUGCCAGCAGAUAGUGGAUAUCCUGCCUACCUAGCUGCACGUUUAGCCUCUUUCUAUGAGCGUGCUGGUAAAGUGAAAUGUCUUGGUGGGCCAGAACGAACUGGCAGUGUUACCAUUGUUGGUGCAGUUUCUCCACCUGGAGGAGAUUUCUCUGAUCCAGUGACAUCUGCUACCCUCAGUAUUGUCCAGGUUUUCUGGGGUCUAGAUAAGAAGCUUGCCCAGAGGAAGCACUUCCCUUCUGUGAACUGGCUAAUUUCAUACUCAAAAUACUCUUCUGCAUUGGAGUCUUUCUACGAGAAGUUUGAUCCAGAUUUUAUUAACAUCAGGACGAAGGCCCGUGAAGUUCUUCAGAGGGAAGAUGACCUCAAUGAAAUUGUCCAACUUGUAGGGAAGGAUGCCUUGGCCGAAGGAGAUAAGAUUACCUUAGAGACUGCAAAGCUUUUGAGGGAGGACUAUCUUGCUCAGAAUGCAUUUACUCCGUAUGAUAAAUUCUGCCCCUUCUACAAGUCGGUCUGGAUGAUGCGUAAUAUCAUUCAUUUCUACAAUUUGGCUAAUCAGGCAGUAGAGAGGGGAGCGGGUAUGGAUGGCCAAAAGAUAACAUACAGUUUGAUUAAGCAUCGGUUGGGAGAUCUGUUCUAUCGCCUGGUGUCUCAGAAGUUUGAGGAUCCGGCUGAAGGAGAAGCAGCUCUGAUUGAAAAAUUUAAAAAGCUACAUGAAGAUCUGACAAAUGGUUUCCGUGCUCUCGAGGACGAAACACGGUAGAUGUAAAAGAUUUGCCGACUUUGUGCCAUGUCUUGGUGUUUUUUCCUCUGAUUUUGUAGAAUAUUAUGAUGAUGUAUUAUGUUGGUUUGGGUUGCAGUCGCAACUUUUGGUUAGCUAUUAUUUAAUAAUGUGUAUUAUUUUCCCCCUCAAGCUUUCCGGGUUCGUAUUUGGCGUUCAGGACUGAGAUUCUUAUAUUCCCUUAUUUAAUCUUACAAUAUCUGUGCAAUAAGAUGGAUCCGAGUUUGUUUUUGGCCGUU